UGAAACGCGCUCAGUUGCACCGGCGAGCGGAGCCCCGCUGAACAGGAGAAACGGAGAUUUUUGUUGUAUCACCCCUAUACGGAGGAUUUUCUCCAGACAUUUGGAUUGAUUCAAGACCCGCGCAUUGAAGCAUCUUCAUUUGAACAACAUUUUGUUGGGAAAUAUUAACUGAACACGGGAACGAUCGAGAGAAAGUUCUAAACUUUAAAGAGACGACCUGCAUUGAUGCUUAGACUGUGUUCCGAUGGCAGUAGAGACUUCCAGCUCUCAGAGCUGAGGUUAACAUAAUCUGCUGUGUUUUAAUUUUUUUACCCAAUUCAAGAGGUGGGCGAGGACCAGCUUCCACAUCUAGUCCAGCCGGAGCUUUCGUGCGCACAAUUUCAGUCUGGACUGCAGGACAAGUGUUGAAGACUCCGGAAAGAUGUUGACGUUUUACAUCGCAUUGUGCCUUUUAGGAACAGUGUCUCAAGCAUCCUACUUUUCCCAGCAGCCCCAAGACCAAGUAGUGGUUGCUGGCCAAUCAGUCACCUUGCCCUGUGUGAUUGUGGGAUACCGGAGCAUGGUGCAGUGGACCAAAGAUGGCUUGGCGCUAGGCGGUGAACGAGACUUACCUGGUUGGGUACGUUACUCUCUGAUGGGAGACCCGCUAUCAGGAGAGCACAGCUUGGUGAUCGAUUCAGCUGAGCUUGGCGAUGAUGCGGUCUACGAGUGUCAAGCCACGCAGGCUGGGCUGCGAUCACACAGAGCCAAACUGACGGUGCUGGUGCCACCAUCAGAUCCCGUAGUGGAUGGAGGGCCAGUGGUCCGUCUCAAAGCUCAUACACCCCAUAACCUGACAUGCCGGGCAUCUGGAGCCAAACCUGCCGCAGAUAUUACCUGGUACCGAGAUGGAGAGAUAAUGCAUGAUGCCAUCUACUCAAAGACUUUGAUGGAGGAUGGAAAGAGAGAAACAGCGGUUAGCAUGCUUCCCAUGGUGCCUGAGGACAGCGAUUCUGGACGUACAUACACCUGCAGGGUCCUAAACCCAGCCGCCCCUGCAGGUCGCCAAACUUCAGUUACCAUCAGUGUUCAGCAUCCUCCAUCUGUGACUCUCUCUGUUCAGCCCCAGACGGUGAUGGAGGGAGCAAAAGUGUUGUUCAUCUGCUCUGCCUCUGCCAACCCUGAGAUCACAGGUUACAGAUGGUCCAAAGGUGGGGUUCCUAUCUCAGAGGCCAAUGGUGACAGCCUGGAGGUGACUGUAGACCACUCUUACUUCACAGACCCAGUCUCCUGCGAAGUGUCCAACUCAGUAGGAAGCACUAAUGUCAGCACCUUGGUGGAUGUACAAUUUGGUCCCAAGCUGCUGACCGAACCAAAACCCCAGAUAGUGGACAUAGGGAUGGAUGCUGCUUUCACAUGCUCAUGGACGGGCAACCCUCCCCUCACUCUGGCCUGGACAAAACAAGGCUCCACUGUGGUGCUCAGCAAUAGUAACACCCUUCAGCUGAAAGCAGUUGCACAAGAUGAUUCUGGGACAUACACCUGCAAAGCCAUCGUGCCUCGGAUUGGUGUGGCAGAGAGAGAUGUAACUCUAACUGUCAACGGCCCUCCCAUCAUCAUGGCAGAGGCCACGCAGCAGGCCGUCAAGCAUUCCAAGGGCAAGCUGGAGUGUCUAGUGGGCAGCAGCCCUCCUCCUGACAAGAUUGUGUGGACAUUUGGAGACACGAUCUUGUCAUCUGGCUCUUCGGGUCGGUUUUCCGUGCAGACGGUACACAGUGACCGAGGGGUCCUCUCCUCGCUAAUCCUCUCAGAGACUCUGGCCCAGGAUUUCCAGCUUCGGUACAACUGCACUGCUUGGAACCGCUUUGGUACAGGCACGGCACUGGUCACUCUUGAAGAGCAAGAGGCCCUCCCCUUGCUUAUUAUCAUUGGAGCAUCAGUGGGCGGAGGCUGUGUCUUCAUCGUUUGCGUCAUAACCCUGGUUUCCAUCUGCUGCCGCCACACUGCUAAAGGCAAAAAGGGCACACGUCUGUCUAAGAGCGACAUCCGCGUACAAAACAUAAACAGCGACCACAACGCAGCCAGAGGAAACGACGAUGAGGAGGAUGUGAAGGAGCCUAUGGCUCCCAACAGCAGUGAGUCUCCAGGAACGUCUCGCACAGAGCACAGCGACCUGCUGGAAGAGGAGGAUGAUGAGAGAUCAGAUAUCAAGGAUCCCACAAAUGGCUACUACAAUGUUCGGGCUCACGAGGACCGCCACAUUACAAGAACUGGCUUCUCUGAAUAUGUCCCUAAUGCUCGCCCAGUCUACACUCCCUCUCAGCUUCCCUCGCCGAGCCCCUUAUACGGCCAACAGUCCACUCAGCCUCGGAUUUAUGACUUCCCCCAGCUUUACACCACAACCCCUGCCACACGCACCACCUAUGAGCAACAGCAGUCACAACAACCACAGCAACAACAGCAAGCUCCUACCAUCUAUCCUCAGGAGCCACUCUGUGCGGGCUAUGGCCGUGCCUUCACAAGCUACAUCAAACCUGCAUCCUUCGAGAAGGCUGACGGGUAUGAGCAUUCAGACCAGGCCAGCAAGGUGUCCAACUCCUCCCGUUUCUCAUACGCAUCCUCACAGGUGUCGUCGCAGCAGUCUGACUAUGGGCGGCCCUCGCAGCAACGCAUGCAGACUCACGUGUGAUGGCUCCCUCGAAGACCUGCUAAGUGUAUGGUCAAGGACUUUCUUCUGAAUGGGUUCAGGAGGGAUUUAAGCAAAAUUUAAACUGAGCUUCAAGAGGCGGAAAAGCUUUAUUGCUAUCUUGAAGUGAAUGUUGGAUCGAUGGAAGAAAGAACUACAACGUGCCAAGCUUGGAAGUCACCAUCAAGCUACUGAUUUUCUUCGUCCAAAUGUUGAACUUUACUGGACAUUGUCCAUCAAUUCAUCUCUAUGGCACUGUAUUUCCAUUAAAAAAGGCUCCAGCAUUGACCCCUUUAGAUCUUGGAGAAGGAAAGCAGUGCUGUGGAGAAGGGCAGUGUCCUCAUUAACUAAUCUUUGCAAACGAGGACAAGCUCGUGACACUAGGCUGAAACAAUCAAAAUGACACGAACUUAUAAAAAUCUAAAAAGGUAAAAAAAAUAAGUGUUUGUUGGCAUGCUGAUGGAAUUGUAAGCACAUUUCUGUAUCAAUGACAACAGGUCUUGCUUACACAAAGUGGCUCAAAGUUCAAUCCACAAAGCAGAGGAGCAGAAGAAAAGAAUCACAUUUCUUCAGAAGCUCUAUCUGCAGUCUGCACUGAUGUUGGGCUAGCAAGAGUAUUUAUGUAAAGCCUCAAUGGACCAGUGCAGGAAACUGGAAUCUGGAAUGCUUUGGUAUAGAAAAAAUGGACAAAAUCCAUUAAAAUAUAUUUCUGUUUGCUUGAUGGAACCAAGAUUGGCCAGUCCCCAAAGAAUCAAAUUUCGAGGUGCGGUCUUUUUAAGCUAUACUCUCAAGGAUUUGUUUCGGAGUUCAGAGUAGAGCCCAUUUCAGGACCACGGUUUCUUAAGUCAAGCCAUGUACGACAAACCUAAAUUACAGCAUGACCUUGUGGCGUGCAGUAAUAAUCUUGUAAUGUUCCUUAUGUGACCACUGUAUGUUAUAAAUACAAUGUGUGCCAAGGUGACUGUUAUGUCAUGCUGACAUGACUGACACCGUCAGGUAGCACCAACAUGUUUACAUAGAAGAAAAAAACUGAAAAAAGAAAUAGCAAGUGAAAUGCAGUACCGUCCAUAUCCACUUAGAGCCACUUCAAUGACUGUACAAAUUGUUGGGAAAUUCACUCCUGUCUGUUGCAUGCAGAUGAUGUGUGUACGUGAACGUAUUCAGCAUUUCUUCUCAUCUGUUUGUUCCUUGUGUGAGAAACCGCUUACUGCACCCUAUGUCUAUUCAAUCUUGGAUACCUGCAUUCAGAGGUUACCAUACUGCCAUUUUCCUUUGAGCCUGAAUGGUCGGCUCCAUUUGGAAAGAUAAAAAAAAACGUCAAAAUGAACUGUAAGAUAGGUGAAAUAAAACAUUGCUUGUCUUUAUUUUUAUAUUUUAUAUAAGCCUUAAUGUACAGCGUGUAAGCUGCUUUAUUGUAAAGUACCUUUAUAUUAUAAAAUGCAUUUAUCUUUAUCUUUGAGUUGACUUCAUUUGGUUCACAACGGUUUUUACCCCCAUGUUACUUAUCAGUUUUGGAGAGGUGAAAGGCGUUACACAACUAAUUGAUCUUUUCCUUCUGUUUCUUUUAUUUUUAAAUAACUUUAAGUUGAUUUGCUAAAAAUGAGCUAUUGUUGCUUGUAACUUUGUACACAUAUUUAUAUUUAAAUAAAACCAUUUCAAAUAA